GAAAUAAUCAUCAGAUGAAUAAAGUUUGUUUGGAAUGUUUUCUUCCUUCCAGCCACAGAUAAUCCAGGUGUUUGAGGGCUUGGCUUAACCUCGGAAUUUCCCCUCCCCUGGAGGACGUCUCUCACCUGAGCAGCAGUCUGACCCGCCCCUUUCCACACACUGACCAAUCAGCGGUCAGGAUGUCUCAGUGGGCGGGGAUUGGUUUAUUAGUUUUAGACAGGUGUCUUUCCUUGGCAGUUUUCAUGACUCUGAGGUGACGGCUGACACAGGCUUUGCUGUUUUUCAAGCUUCUGCGCUCGUCAUGAUGGCUAAACGGACCAGGCGAAUGAGGAACCAGCUGCCGCACUGCUACCAUGAGGGUUACCUGGAGAAGAGCAGGCCUGAUCAUGAGGAGACAUCCCAGAAGCUGUGGACCUGCUUGUGUGGAAACUCCCUCUUUUUCUUCAAUGAAAAGAGAGAUAACGAUUACAUAGAAAAACUGGACCUGACUGGGUUUAUCUCAGUGAAAAACAUCGGUUCAGAUCAUCUCUCGAUGCCGGCCAGGUUCAGUCUCCAUCUGAAAAGUGGAACCACCAAUUUCACAGCCUCAAACACAGAAAGUCGAGAGCUUUGGAAGGCCUUCAUUCACUCCAUUGCUCAGCUGUCGAUACCGCCGUUCCUCACCCUGCUGCCAGGUCAAAUCCACAUGCUGAACGAGGCAGUCCUGCAGGAGGAGGAGAGAUUGAAAAAUCUGCAAUCACCUUCCACCGGUCAAGACAUCAGCGGCCGUGCAGAAAUGCCAGCGUGUUACUACCCCGUCUCCCGCCUGGAGGCCUCUUUGCUGCUAGAGAGAGAAGCUAUGAGAGGAAACAUGCUGCUCAGGCCCAGCAGGGAUAGAGCGUCCUACGCCAUCACCACGAGACAAGAGCUUGACAAGGUUCUGUACAAACACUACCGUGUGACAUGCAGACCAGAAGGAGGUUUUGUCAUCGACGUGAAUAAUCCUGUCCACUGUGACUCCCUACACGAUGUGAUCACCUACUUAGUAGAGCAGACCGACGGCGUUCUGGUUCCUCUCAUCACUGAGGGUCCAUAUGAAAGAAAUUUCUCUUUUAUUGCUCCGGACGCAGAAAGUGGGGAGCGGACUGUGAAGCCUUUACCGAACCCACCGAGGGCUUUGAGGCGGGACGGUCUGACCGUGUCGUCUCAAAAGCUUGAGCCAAAUCCAACAGAAGAGGAGAUGCUGUACAUGAAUGACGAUCUGAUGCAAGAAAGCAAGCCAGAUCUCCCCGUUGCUCCUCCACGGCAUAAACCAGAGGAAACUCCAAAAAAGAUACUGAUGCCUCCAACUCCUGCUCCUCGCAGAGCCAGCUCCAUGACACUUUCUGUAUCUCCAGCUGCUGCAGACUUAAAGAUGACAACCAUUCCAGUCUGCCAAAAGCAGCUCCCUUCAGCAGCCAUAUCGGAGCUAAAGCUUAAGCUCAACCUGAGGCCAAAAGGUCAAGAGUGAAGUCCUCAGACGGUCACUGAAAUCCUGGCCGACACCCGAGUUUAUGGACCAUCCAUGCAGGAACGUGGAAAAGCUGUUUCUUUCCUUUGCAUCGGAGCUGCUCUCCUCCUCCCAUCGAUUUCCUGUCUGAGAGGCCCGUUUGAAGAUUUACAGUUCAUGGAUUUACCUCUGGAACAAUCACUGACAAACUAACUGGCUGUGGAGAUGGAUGUUGGCAGCACAUUAUCGUCACAUUACCAUUUGCACAUUUGGCGGUGAUGGAGGAGUUAUCAGUGUUGUAGUUUAAAUCAUCUGUAGAAUUCUUUUUCACCCUUAUAAGGACGGGAUUUUGUGUGUUUGGACAAAAGCACCUCCAACACCAAUCAACGGAUGAAUUUUAUCCAUUUAAACUUCCUAUUUUUUUUUAUUAUUCUUAAGUGUUAAAGUAUAUUUUUGCUUUUGUGACAUCACAUCAGAU